AUUUUGCUGUCCAAAAAUUCUGCCCUGUAGACAUAGUAUGUAUUCUCAACGCCUGAAGCCACAGCCGCAUUUCGUCCUUUCAUGAUUUGGCCUCGAAAUGUCUUUUCACACAUAACCCGCCGUAGCACAACAUAUAAACAACUCGGCGCGACUACAUGUAACCCUCGGUCCAACCUAGCACCAGUCAGUCAUUCAAGUGGUGUAGCCUGUCAUAGCAUUACAUAAUGGAACAACAAACUCCAGCUUCUGCACAGGCUCAGCGGGAAUCGACUGCUAUGUGUGGGAUGUCUCUGCGGAGUCACUCCCAGCACAGUUUGGCUCUCGGUGGUACGCGUCGUGGCAGAGCGGCCUGCUCGUCAGGUUGUGGUGUGGCAGUGAUGCAGCGCAGAAACAGAAGCCGUACACACUGGAGUCUAUUCACCCGAUGUGUCUGCUCUACAUCGAAGCAGACACUCGCCAAGUCUGCCUUUUUUUUACUGACAACUGCUUUGGCCUGAGUUUGUGUUAUGUCUUUUUUCUAUGGUAUUGUAAUGGCUAAAUGUAUAUUUUUGAUGCCAUGUAUCGCUGAGGAGAGAAUCCCAGUGGGACAGGGAAGGUGCCUGUUUUUUCUCAUGUGCAUGAGCUUUGGCACCACUUCUCAUAAUGAUUUUCUCUUACCAUUAUUUAAGCCAAAUCUGAAAAUGGAGGGUUUUCAGUAUUGUGGUUUAGGAAGAGGAAACUUAUUAGAUUAUAUUUAACGCAAUUUAGGAAUUUAAAGUUGUUGAAUAAGGUUUUUGCACAGUCUCCUGAAUAGCUCAUGUUUUUGCCAGAUAUUUAAAUAUAUUACAUGGAUGACUGUCACGGUGCUGAGGAAGUAUUUAAAGAAUGCACUUCUAAAAUAGUUUGGUCUUUCAUAGUUAUUUAGGAAUCAGGGAAACAUAUUGAACUCGUUGGACAUAUAAAUAUUGUGAUUAUCACCAGAUGGACAUUUGUAUGCAUGACAAGGAAAUUUAUGCAAAUUUUAAUCAAGUCAAACUGUGGGCAGCCAAAAAUCCAUUACACUUUUUUAAAAAACAUUCUCUUUUAACAUUUAGCAAUUUUCUAAUUCCUAAGUAUGCUCCCCAUUACUAUAUAAAGUUUCCAACUGCACUGAAAUUCCUUCACCUUUGCUGUUUGCACAAAAAUAAAAGAGUGAACAGCUUAGUGAUUUGACAAGACUGAUUAAUAGCCACGAGUAGCUUCAGUGUUUAGGCCUUGUAGAUCUAAUAACCCCACAAAGAACUGGAGAUGUAAUGUUUAGUUUGGCUCUGAGAAGAGUUUGGGCCACAAGCAUGGUGCCAUGUGUGAGGAAGUUGAAGCCUCCACCAUGUGCCUCUGCAUAAGUGAAGGAAAGUCACUCCCUAACAGGAAACCCAGGUCAUGACAUGAUAUAGAUUAACAAUGCAGGGGUGACUGGGAGAAGUGGGUCCUGACUUGGUAUGUUGAAAACAGAAUCUAGUUUGGUCAUCUUAAUUGAAGAGAGCAAGUCGGGAAAUGUAAAGCUUAAAGUGUGUACAGUGUUCAAUUCAUGGGAGAUUGACCUUUAACUUACUUUUACUACCGUAACUGCUUACACUACGAAAUAGUGUGUAAAAAGAACAUAAUUUGUGUCUAACCGUUUUCCCUUUGCAGUUAUACGGUUAAAUCGAAAUAUUUGAUAUAGCGUGCUUUUUAAAAACAGCUUGGUAACAGCUGGUGUUUUGCCGGUGAUGCGACAAAUUCAGUCACCCGUCAUAUUCUGUGACCGACGCGCUGCUUACGUGGUUUCCAUAGCAACGUUUGGACAGUCUCAAACAAAACGGCCAAACUCUUAGGUCGCUUCACAACUUUUCACUUCAAAAGUGUUUAGCCAGCUCACAUUUUGAAACCUGCUGCCGAAACUGAAAGGUAGGGGAAUUUAGUACAAAUUUCACACCAGUCGAAAUUCACUUCAAUAAGGGCGAACUUUACGCUAAAUGGAGUUUUACACGAUGCUAAUGCUACACCAAUAAUAGAGCCUUAAGGCUAGGCUAGGUGUUAUUGUGGUGUCAGUCCAAGCUAGGUUAUAUACGCGUGUAUUUCAUUGAUAAUAAAAUACAGAUUUGUGUUUCAUUUUCUACACCGUUUUCGCUGCUUCUCUGAACAACAUGUAUUUCCCAUCCUUCACCUACUGCACCCGAGUGCAGACAAUCUACUGCCCCCAAGUCCCCGAAAACUGGAGGCUAGGAGCCUAUGAGUUCACUGAGCCUAUAGCUCCUGUCCAUAGUUUGGCUCUAGUGUAUCGAUCUGUGUCUCUUUUCUCCUAAAACCUCGACCUGACACUUUGAGAUCAAGUGUGGAAAAGACCUCCUGUCAAAUCCCCCUGCCUUCUCACUAUCUUUUAUCUACACAUGCUGACAGCUGUAUAUUUAGCAGGUGUAGAGGUGAUAUAUAAUAAAGAAUUUCAUACAAACGAUGAAGUGCAAAAGUUAAUAUCUUGAUGCCAGGUCAAGCCCCACUGGAGGUGAUAAAAGAAAGAAGAGAAAGCUCUGCACAAAUUGCAUGGGGAAGUAAUCACUAAUUACCAUUUAAACAUAGUGUUUUCCGACCCGUUUGCCUCUUAGGAAGUUUCCUGGAAAAUAGUGAUGGUUUUUUCAGUUUAUUUCUAAUUGUGAAUUCACCGCUGGGUUUUAAACAAAUUAACAUUCUCCACAGGGUUGUCUGUCAUUUCUGAUUACUUGUACUGAAGUAAUUUGGCAUUAGUAAAUAGUGAUUCAGAGGAACAUUCAUCUUCCUGCUAUUUCAGCUCACAUGUGUCUAUUUUUCUCGCAAACAGACAGCCCUAGUUACUGCUGCGGGCUGUACGCUUGGCUGAAGCUGAAAAGGAUCCUCUCUGAAGCAGUGUGUGACAAGCCAGCAUGGUGCGUCUGACUGUCGAUCUGAUUGCUAAAUCUAGGAGCCACUUCAAAAAGAAAAGGGGCCUCUCCCUGUCAGAGUAUCUCAAGACCCUCACCCACCUCCACUUUUACAACAAGAAUAUUGAAAGUAUUGGAGAUCUCUCCAUGUGCAGAAACCUCACCGUUCUCUACCUCUAUGAUAAUCAGAUGACAUCCAUUUCAAAUCUUCACUUUGCCUUCAAACUCACCCACCUGUAUAUGCAGAACAACAACAUCACUCAUAUAGACAAUCUCUACAACUUGCAGAAGCUUUCCAAACUGUAUCUGGGUGGAAACAGAAUUGCAGUGGUGGAAGGCUUAGAGCAGCUCCAUGAGCUCAAGGAGCUUCAUCUGGAGAGUCAGAGGCUGGCACCAGGGGAAAAGUUGCUCUUUGACCCCAGGACUCUGCUCUCACUUGCUGAUUCUCUUUGUGUCCUGAAUAUCAACAACAACAACAUUGAUGAUAUCAGAGACCUGGCAGUGCUGAAGGAAAUCCAACAUUUUUCUGCUGCUGACAAUGAAUUGCACAAUAUGGAGGAGCUAGAAGAUGUGUUCAGCUUUUGGCCUCAGCUGCUUCUAAUGGAUUUAAGUGGAAAUCCUGUGUGUAAAAAACCAAAGUACAGAGACCGCAUGAUAACUGAGUGCAAAAGGCUUGAGGCUCUCGAUGGAAAGGAAAUUCCUGAGUUAACCAGACAGUUCCUUAUUAACUGGAAAGCAUGCAAAGAGUCCAAGAAGAUAAAAAACAACAAACACGUGCCGUCUGACUCGUCGAUCCCCUAUUCUUUAACAAAUGACUUUAACAUGGGUCAGGCUCCACAUCCUGGUCACAUCUACAGCCACGCCAGCAUUCAGGGUUGGAACCCACAACAGUCUCUCAGGGCGCAACAAUUAGAGAUUCCUAUAAACGGACUCAGUCGUGUGGCCGUGUCAUCAGACAUCUACAGUCAUACAGAAGCUUAGAACAAACCUACAAAUCGACUAACUCCUCCACCUCACAUGCACAUCAGCCAGAGCACAGGACAGAGCAUGCAUCUGCCUUCUUUAAGCACCUUUGUCAUCAUAGCCGUAUAUCUUUUAUCCUUGUUAUAAGACACAGCCACUGUCACCCACACUGUGACGUCCACAGCUAUAGAGUCACCUCACCUGGUGGAUUACUGGGAUUUAAAAUUAUAGACAUUUUUGCACACUAUAUUUACAAAUGUUUUGAUUUUAACUUGCAGUUACAACUAAAUCUUUGCACCUAUAAGUGAACUAAUAGGCUGGAAAUAGUAAAAAUGACAGAAAAUAAAAAUUUAAAAUUAAA